CAGUCAUUGUCUGCUGAAAUAAGUGGCACCCGAGUGCAGCUCCACAAGUCCACAUAUGCACUGCGUCUGCGUCGUCACCCCUGUUGAAAUUGUGGCGAGAGUUGUAGGCGACCGUACCUCUGAAUACAUGACGCAGCGGUGGGUCGUCGAGGUUUACGGCGCCACGACUCUACCGCCACCACCAACACCAGUCCCGAUCGCGACGUCAGCACCGCCCGUGCUCGGCGCGCCAUCCCGAGCCUUCUCCGCACCGUCGUCAGUCCACGCACCGGCCUCGCGAUCGUUUCGGUGUGCCUCGUAGCGGUAGUGCCCCGUCGGCGAGCGUGGCCGUCGCCGUCGGAGUGGCCGCGGGCGUCUCCUGCCGCGGGGCGGGGGAAGGCGACCCGAAGCGUGGCAAAGUUUUGCUUUGCCUUGCGUUGCUUUUCUCCGGGGGUUCGUCUUGUGGACUCAUCGUGAUCGCUACGAAUCUUGACGUGGGAAGAGGGUCCAGAUAACGCUGGCUGGACUGUCGUGGCGUUCGUUGGAGCUGCUAGUUGGUGAGGAAGAGGAACGCUUGCUUGUGAAGGAGUAGGAGUGGCGGGUCGGAUGGACCUCACCUGCCCCAUGUGGGAGCAUGGCCAUGCCGCUCGCUGCUCGAGGCUGCUAGGCUAUAGCUAUAGCGAUUCAACUACUAGCAAUUGGGCAUCCGCUGCUCAUGAUUGGGAUCGUUUUUCCGCUUGAUCGUGCAGCUCUGGUUUGGCCCCGUCGUUGACUUGCCGAUGAGUGCAAACUCGCCGGCUUUCGCACGACGCGGAAUUUCGCGUCCGACUACAGCGCAACUCCUUUCUUCAGAAGAUUCGCCGGUUUCAUUUCAUUGCAGAAUGAAACCACAUCAUUCGAAAAUAAACAUUAAUAUCCCCCAAAAAUGAAAUUAGAAAAAAAUCUUAAUCUCUAAUUAUCUUGGCGCGUCCACGUGGGCCUUUUGAGAUUUCCAGCUGGUCGACAAUACCCGCGGGAAAUUGCCACGGGAGCUUCGCUACGACGCAUACCCGCCCGCCAUUAACAAUCGCAACCUGCCAAUACCACCACCCUCCCCUUUCGCUUCUCUCGCGUCUCGCCACAACUUUAAUUCAGCGGAAAAGGCCCCUUCCAACCACCGGCGCUGGACGAACGUGGGCGAUGCUCCGGCCAUCGCCGUAUUCCUCGAGGCGUCUCCUCCAGAGCGGCGACCCCGGCCGCAUCCCGGGAAUCCCCCCGGCCGAUCCGCCCGCCGGCGUCAGCUCAGAUGUCGUCGUCAUCCUCGCCGCCCUGCUCUGCGCGCUCAUCUGCGUAGUCGGCCUCGCCGCCGUCGCGCGGUGCGCGCGCUCCCGCCGCAACGCCAACGCCAACGCCCACCCCUCCUCGCCGUCCGGUAGCCCGGCCCACGCCCUGGCGGCCUUCGGCGGGGCCGGCGGCGGGCAUAACCACGGCGCUACGACUACUACGACGACAGGAGCGUCCGGGGGCAGCGUGACGACCACCAUCAAGGGGCUCAAGAAGAAGGCGCUCAAGGCGCUGCCGAAGCUGGCGUACGCGGACGCGGUGGCCGCGGCGGCGGCGGCGAGGGGCGCCGUGGCGGGGGGCGAGGAGGAGGAGGGACAGGACGGGAUCCUCGCGGAGUGCGCCAUCUGCCUGACGGAGUUCGGCGAGCGGGAGGAGGUGCGCGUGAUGCCGCAGUGCGGCCACGGGUUCCACGUCGAGUGCGUCGACACCUGGCUGCGCUCCAACUCCUCCUGCCCGUCCUGCCGCCGCCCCAUCGUCCUCGACGACCCCGCGCCGCCCAAGCGGUGCCGCAAGUGCGAGGAGACCAUCCUGGAGGCCGUCAUCGCCUCCUCCUCGUCUGCCGGCGGCAGCCGCGGCGGCGGCCGCGGGGGGUUCUUGCCGUAGUAGCAGUAGAAGAAGCGUCAUGUCCCCUGGCGGGUGGGUCCAGGUCGGUGUGGGUAGUUGAGCUGCCCCUUUCUGCUGGUGGCCCACGCUGCAGUACUGCCGCAGUGAAGUUUUUCUUCUGAAGUAAUGGAAAGGAGAAUAAUUAGAGCUGUGAAUGUGACUCUUUCCUACAACCUUUUUGGCCCUGCACUUGCACGACUCCUCCAGUACGUGUGGAUGUGGGGAACAUGACAUCAGACUUGUAAAGAGCGUGCGUGGUCUCGUGUAAAAAAUAUAUUAGUAGUACUAUUUGUGCUGCAUAUAGCUUGCUCAAAAGAGGCAAGGCAAAUACAUUUUACAUGUGAAUUCGGUAAGCCAAAA